UCCCGACCUCAGAUUUGCGUUCACACAAAAUUCCCAAAUUCGCCAGCCAGCGACAACACCAUCUCGACAGAUCUCGACCCACGACGACAACCCCAUAAUCAAUCAAAAUGGGUCACCCUGCUGGUCUCCGUGCUGGUACGAGAUACGCCUUCUCCCGGAACUUCCGGGAGAAGGGUAUGAUCAGACUGUCGACAUACCUUAAGCAGUACAAGGUUGGCGAUAUCGUCGACAUCAAGGUCAACGGUGCCGUCCAGAAGGGUAUGGCCCACAAGGUCUACCACGGCAAGACUGGCGUUAUCUACAACGUCACCAAGUCCGCCGUCGGCAUCAUCAUCUACAAGAAGGUCAAGCACCGCUACAUCGAGAAGCGCCUCAACGUCCGUAUCGAGCACAUCCAGCCCUCCCGCUCCCGCGAGGGUUUCCUUCGCCGCGUGAAGGAGAACGCCGAGCUCAAGAAGAAGGCCAAGGCCGAGGGCAAGCCCGUUCAGCUCAAGAGACAACCCGCCCUUCCCCGCGAGGCGCGGACCAUCUCCAUCAAGGAGAACAAGCCCGAGACUGUCGCCCCUGUCGCCUACGAGACCACGAUCUAAGGUGUUGCUGGAAGGCGGAUGAGGUGGUGUUCUUUAUGGGUUGCUUAUUUCUCACUGCAUGGGGUUCAUUGCGUACGGCACGGAAAGAUGCCCGGCAUGGAUUUGGUCUGGGAUGCGGGAGUGCUGAUAGGAAACAAAAUACCAAUGGCAUGACCAACAAAGAGCGACUCGAAACGCAUUGUUCAUCCGGCGUGGCUUGCUUGUGAAGACCAGAUCUGGACCGGCGAGUCCAACCUCCGCGAUGCUGGUCACUCGCUGAAAUGCAGACGCCCGAGGCUCGCUCUAGCCCAAGGGAUUACGGCACACAAGUGGCAAGAAAUAGAGCAAAUCCAACAAGAAC